AUGAAAACGAAGAGAUUCGAGUAUACGGCGAAAUAUAAAACGUUUGAGCAGAAAGUUUCGUAUGAUGCACAAAUUCCACUUACCGAUGAAAAUCCAAUCGAUGAAAUAAUAUCUCAUAUAUAUGUAAAAAAUAAAGUUCUGCCAAUGUUUCAUGAAGAUAUUGCGAAUGCAUUCCACCGUUUUAUUGAUGAGGAGACAUGGAAGUAUGAAACCGAAAUAGGUGAUGGCAUUAUCAACACAUUUCUAAAUGAAACAAAUGCAAUUGAUCCACCAUAUGUUCAGGAAUUUCCUGAGGUGACAACAAAUGUUACGGCAUGUGAAACUCUUCAAUUCGCUGAUCAAUUUCAAUUUAUCAUGCGAAAUUUGUCACCCGAACGAUUGAAGAUAAUUAUCGCAUGGGAAAGAAAAAUGGAAGAUGAGAUGUCAUCCUUGAUACGUGCUCGAGAUUUCGAACUUGAUCGGAUGUAUCGUAAAUGCGAACAAGCAGUGAAUGCCAGCAUGACAAAGGAUGAUCGAGUAAUACCCGAAAGUGGACAGCAUUUGAGCCGCUUGAAUGAACAAUUACGAGAAAUCAGCAAUAAUUAUGCCCAGCAAAUUCGUACCUUAACAUUAAGGCAACGUAAAUUCUAUCGAAAUAUGAUAAAAACUUUAUACGAGCAUGAUAAAUUCCCAGCUGAAGCAGAAGUUGCCAUAUCUAAUGAUAGGACUUCAAUUAAAAGAUCUUUGCCAACAAUUUCGAAUUUUGAUGCAAUCAAAACGCAAACUAAUUUCUCAUUGGAUGAAAGUUUCACAAUAUAUCUAGGUGCCCAGUUAAAAACGAUGCACAAUGCUCGACUAUUGACUUCUCCAAGUUUGACAGAUUUGUGUCGACCUCCUAUAUUCUUUGAGGAUGAUGCUUUUGCUACACGGCGCUUACAGAUGAAUCUAACUUUAUAUGGUAGAAAUUUAAGUGGUCUAGUACUUCUGGUAGAAAGGGAUUCCAUAUUUCACAUCAAUAAACGAACAGAUUUCUAUAGACUGUGCGAACAUUCUACCGAACUUCAUUUUGAAUCACUAGAAGAUCAAUUAAAACAAGUAAUACCAUUGAUUUCGAAAGCAAGAGAAGAUAUUCAUCAUGAGGCAGAUGAUGAUAAUGGUGAUAAUGAUGAGUCACUACUUCCAGUUGGUAGUUUAUAUGUCACUCGGCAUUCCAACCUUUCUUCUAUUCAGGUUAUCUAUCAUUUGGUUGUGGAUAAAUCGUUAGAAGACGAUGAAAUUUCUAGUAGACAUCCAUGCAUCAAUGGUUUACGAAAUGCUAUCCGGUUGUCAGCUAAAUGUGGUGUAACGACAUUCACUAUACCCCUAAUGCUCGUCGAGAAAGCAAAAGAGCAAAUGACCCCAAGUUGGUGUAUGAAGCGAGCCGAGCUAAUUUUCAAAUGUGUGAAAGGAUUCAUGAUGGAAGCGUGUUCAGGUAGUUCAACAGCUGGUGGUGGUCCUCCUACAGCUACAACCCAUUUCAAUGUGAAUUUUGUUCUACCAGAAGAUUUGCAAAAAAUUGUUUAUACUGAAAUUUUGGAAUUGUUUCCAACGAUAUUUCAUAUGGUACCAUCAGUAGUUAUGUGA